UGGGAGAGGCAGGUCGAAACUGGAAAGGAAGCACGGUGCACGACACGCACCGCAGUCGAGGAGGUUGAACUGCUGCUCGGACGUGUGGAAAUAUGCUGGUCUUCAUCGCCUUCGCGUUUCUGGUGUUGACAUGUGUGUGGCUGAGAAGACCGAAACGUCCGGCGCGGUUUCCACCAGGCCCGCCGAUGUUCCUGGUUUUUGGCAAUUUGUCCGCUUCGGUAGAACUACUGAAAGGGAACUUCAUUUCUUUAAUGGAAGUAAGUCGGCGGCAGUUCGGCGACAUCGUGGGUUUCAUCCCACCGGCCGGCAAGAGCGUUGUUCAUCUGUUUAAUUUCGAUGACAUUAAGGAUGCAUGUGGAAAGCACGAAUUUGCUGGGAGAAUGGACAGCUUCCUUUCGCUCUUACGCAGUUAUCAUCAACAGCUUGGCAUAGUUUUUAGCCAAGGUCCCGCGUGGGUUGAACACAGACGUUUCGCUCUGCGCCACCUGAAGGAUCUUGGCUUCGGAAAGCAAUCCACAGAGUCGAUAGUUAUUGAUGAGUUUGAAGAGCUCGCCAAAGACAUGAUUCGCGACAGUGGUUCGCCAAUGAAGGUCAACCGCCGCUUCAACCUGACGGUGCUGAACGUCCUCUGGCGUCUGGUGGCCGACAAGCGGCUCGACAGCCACGAUCCGCAUGCCCAGACUUACGUCGACACCGUCAACGAGUUUUUCGAGGUGGUCAAUCCGCGCAACCCGCUGCAUCUGGCACCGUGGCUGCGCUACAUCGCUCCGGAAUGGAGUGGCUACAACGCCGUGAUUCGUCACCGCAGCUUGACCACCGGCAUGUUUAAGGAGCUGGUCCGCGAGCACCAGCGGACGCUGGACCGCUCCAGUCCGCGCGACUUCAUCGACCUCUUCCUGCUCGAGAUGGAGGCGUCGGACGCCGAGGGUCGCCAGUUCACGGAGCAGAACCUGGCCAUCAUCGGCAUGGACCUCUUCAUCGCCGGCAUGGAGACGACCUCCACCUCGCUGAGCUGGGCGCUGCUCUUCAUGGUGCUUCACCCGGAGGUGCAGGGCCGCGUGCAGCGUGAGAUUGACGCCGUCCUGGGCGGCCGUCACCCCGCCUACGCCGACCGCAAGGCCAUGCCUUACACGGAGGCCACGCUGAUGGAGGUAACGCGACGGGCCACGGUGCUGCCGUUCUCGGUGGGCCACUGCGCCGUCCGCGACGCCGACCUCGCCGGCUACACCAUCCCCAAGGGCACGGUGCUCAUGAUGCACCUGAACGCCGUGCACAUGGACGCGGCGUACUGGGGCGACCCGCACGUCUUCCGGCCGGAGCGUUUCCUGCAGUCGGACGGCAGCGUGCGACGCGACGAGCGGCUCAUCCCGUUCGGCGUUGGCAGGAGGAUCUGCCUGGGGGAGACGCUGGCCCGCAUGGAGAUGUUCGUGCUGUUCACCUGCCUGCUGCAGCGCUUCAGCUUCGUCGCCGCCCCGGGCCAGAAGCUCUCGCUGGACAGCAGGGUGUCGUCCGUCCAGCAGCCGAUGGAGUUCUUUGUGACGUACCAGGUCCGCGACGGGCAGUGAGCCGUGCUCUCAGGCACUGCCCGGAACUGUGAGCCAUGCUCUCGGGCGCUUCCCGGAACUGUGAGUCGUGCUCUCGUUCCCUGCGCGCUGUGCCAAGUCCCUGGCGGCUCUUGCAUCUGCCCUUAGCUCUUCUCGUAUUUACACCUUAACAUGAUCUGUACUGUGGACGUUUCUGGUAGAGCAUGAUACUUAGCACUGUAUUGCACAGAGGGACGGGAUACGAGUGAGUACUUUAAUUCUAAGCUCAAGCAUAGCCUAGUGUGAAAUGCUUGAAGUUCUUGACUGUCAAAACGAUAUGGUCAACGUAGCUAUCACUCAACUACACCCAAUGUUUCCAGGUUCGGUCAUGGAGAGUGAUGGGUUUUUAAAAUUGUCUUGCGUCAUGUUAUACGUAAGGCGUCCAACCAUUCCAAAGUUCCGCAAGUUGUUCAGUGCGUUGGCGAGGAACAUUAUUCACAUAGAUAAGAGAGAAGUAAGAGAAGUAAAACCAGGAUAGUGGAAAUAUAGUUGGGUUAACAUUUCGGCAGCAUGCCUUUAUCGAAGCAAUAGCAGAACCUACAUCUCCAUUCUCCAUUAUCUCCAUCAUCGCUAUCAUUAUCAUAUCUCCAUUCUCCUGUUUUUUCACCGAGGAAUAAGGCUAAUACUUCUGUCUUAGGCAUCCGAAAGUUAUUUUACUGUGGACAAGCGCUGACUGUCAAACCUGGAAGGACUGUGACAAGACGACAGCGGCUGCGCGGCAUGCUUGCCUAUAAUUCUGGUAUUCUUUUUUGCUUAGAGAUCUGCUCCCUGCGUGAGCGUGGUCGGUGACUGUGCAUGCGACCUUAUGUCACUGCCACUGCGCAAGCUGCAUGCCAUCGUCUUCGGGAUCAUCACCGGGGUCGAGGUCAACGGCUCGUCGGCUAGCAGCGACGCCAGCGUUACCAGUCACGUGCUUAGCACGUGUUUUGUUUCGGUUGGUGAGGUGCUUCUGCGUUUGGUCUGCUCCGGUAUAUCUCACUCUGUUGCUCCUAAACCCUGGAAGCACUUUCUCGUCCACUCUAUCUUUAUCAUAACCUUUGUCGAUGCGACCCUCUCUGAAACCGUGCAUCUUUAUCAGUGCUACGCCGCACGCUCUUGGAUGCAGGCUAAAAUUCGGAUCAAAGACAAAAAAAGGCGCAAAAUGACUACACUUCUGCAGGCAUCCCCGUAGGUGAGUUUUGAGAUUUGCAUGCUAUGAUGACUAUCUCAGUUAUUCAGUGCACUAGCGAGGAACAUUAUUCACAUAGAUGCAACAGCAGUAUUAGCCUUAUUCUUCGGAAAAAAACAGGAGAAUGGAGAUAUAGUUAGGUUGAUAUUUCGGCAGCAUGCCUUUAUCGAAACGCAGAGGUGAAAGAUUCACUUAUAAUACUACUGUCUUAUCUAUAUUAUGAUGACUCAUUAAUGUAGCUUACAGCCAAACAAGAAUCCGGAACGUGGGGUGUGUAUGGGAGCACUCCAUGUCAAGCUUUUUAUGACGAGCUUUUAUGAUAGGGCUUUCCCACCCUCGCACAGUUUUCAUACACUGUGAAAAACAUGACACUUGAUGGCAUCAGUACGGCGAUGGUAGUUCGAGGACGUCAUAAAUCAUGGCAAAUCCCCUUGAGUGUCUAAAAUUCCGAACGACCGGAAAUGCUAUAAAAAAAACACUUUUUAUCAUCGCUGCGGUAUUCAGAAACGACAUCAACGACCAAGCUGAGCUUCAUUUUCAGAUCCGGAUUUAUGACGGAUUACGGAUUUCAUUGCGGAUUUGAUGUGCUGCCUGGCAUGCCAAUACGGCAAAACUUAUUUGCAGGUGUUGGAAAGUAGGAGAACUUGAAGCAGUUCUCAUUCGUCAUCUUAAACCUUCCAUAACCAAAAACGUCGACAGCUGGCCCGUGUGAUGGUAGCCGAGAGCAUUUGCUUGAUAUAGACCUCAGCAUACGACUUUCGUAUGUCUUUGAUCACCCUUGUAUGCACACUUCUCUUGAUUUAUGAAGUCGUAUUGCCAUCUGUUCGCCCUACUCCUGUCGUCAAGUGUCUCGUUUUUCACAAUGUAUGUGUUAAAUGUGUGUGUCAUCUGUUUGUCAGGAUGUACGAAAUGUUUUCGAAUGCAAAAGGUCCAACCUGUUAUAAUACCUUGUCAUAGAAUCUUCUACAUGAAGUGACCCCAUAAACGUCUCACGUCCUGGAUUUCUGUUGAGUUUGAACUUUUAUAUUAUGGUUCAUAAUAAAGCCCAAAGUUCAAGCUCACCUGAAGUAACUGCCGAAAUAUGACGAUUUUUUCGGCAUAUUUGUUGUCUGUCAUUUGUGUUUGAGGCCCCAUUAUUCCAGUCAUCGCCAAAGUUAGCCUGACAUCCAUUAGCAGCCAUACCCUUGUCUUUUUUGAAAGGCACCUUCCCUCUGCUGAUCAGCACGGUUCUCGUCCCCUGAUCAGCACAGUUCCCGUCCCUUGAUCAGCACAGUUCCCGUCCCUUGAUCAGCACGGUUCUUGUCACCGUCACACGACAGACACUGACCCCCUGUCUGCCAUCAUCCGGAUGUUACCAUGGACAUGUGCCCCUUAUCUGUCUGCUGGAAAUGAGCCAAAUGUUUCGAUGUGAUCUACCAAUAAAAGCUUCUGGAACAAUUAA